AUGGAGCCCUUUCAAGUGCGCCUGAACUGCGUUGAUCAUUAUCAGGCGACCCCAUCAGAAUUUGAUCCUCCUCUUCCCUACAGGGAUGGAGCCGCUGGGAAAUAUGAUAAGUCGAAAGUACCUGUGAUCAGAAUAUUUGGCGCCACAGAAACUGGCCAAAAGGUCUGCGUCCAUGUACACGGCGCGUUUCCUUAUCUAUACAUCGAAUACGAUGGGCCUCUAGAUCCCGAGCAAGACCAUGCACUGGCAUUGAACUAUCGUCGCAAUGCGUACGAUAAGAAGACUGCGUUUGUUGCUCACAUUACCCUGGUUAAAGGAGUUCCGUUCUACGGCUACCAUGUGGGGUAUCGCUUCUUCUUCAAAAUAUACUUGCUUGACCCUGUCUACACGACCAGAUUAGCGGAUCUACUGCUUCAAGGCGCCGUGUUGAAGCGCCCUUUGCAGCCAUAUGAAAGCCACCUGCAGUAUGUCCCGCAGUGGAUGUGCGACUACAAUUUGUACGGCUGUGCCUACAUGAAGUGCAGCAAAGUCAAAUUUCGGUCACCUAUUCCGGAGUACUUUGAGCUUUCGAAUCUGUCCCAUCGGUGGCAUGAUCGGUCAAUCCAUCCUGAUUGUGUUUCCGAUGCAACACUGCUUCCAAAGCAGAGCCAUUGUCCCCUCGAAGCGGAUGUCUGCGUACAUGAUAUUCUGAACCGCGUCGACAUAAAGGAAAGACCUCUCCAUCAGGAUUUCACUGAAAUGCUGAAGCCGAUCGCUCAGAAUGAACGCCUGGUUCCCAGUAUGGCGGGUCUCUGGCAAGAUGAGACUCGUAGGCGCAAGCAACGCAUGGGCCUCGGUGACCCCGACAGUAGCCCCUUCGGACCCGAGGAACUGAUGUCGUUCUCAGCUGAUCCCAGAAACCAUUCGGAGGGUGGCUGGAUUCAUGAAGAUGAAUUUCGGCAACUGAUGUCGCAAAUCGUUGCGGAAGAGCGCAAACAAAAUAAUGAAGAUAUGACUCUAGAUAAAGUCUUGCAGAAUGAACCUCUUGAGAAGAAGAUCAAAACAGCCUUGGAGAGUGUCGAGGACUUUUUUCCGGACAAGAUUGAGCUCACUCAGAUGGAAAUGCGGCAGUCUCUGAUCGCAGUUGAUGGAGACGGAGAAGCUCAGGUCAAUGAGAAUGCAGCCUUGUCUGCUGAGGCGGACAUUGACUUGUACUCGUCAGAAGAUUAUUACAUCUCCAAUCCUUUAUCGGACGAUCAUGGAGCUGCUGAAGAGGUUGUUAAUGGUGUCGAUGACGGCGCCGGAGAUGGAAUCUUUGAUAUGACACUUCAGAGCUUCGAACCACAUUCUGCUGCAGCGAAUGACAUUAUGCCGGCCGAAUCACCAGAUCUUCCACUUCAUGACGGGAAAUUGCAGGAAAAUGAUCCGAACCACAUUCACAGUGGCAACGCUUUUCAUGACGACACUGAGAAUUCAAGAAGGAAUCCUAAGCGAUCACACCAGGAAAUACUUGACUCUGGUGUUCCUCGGAAGAAACUGAGAUUCUUCGAUGGCAAUGCAUCUCAUUUGCCGGAUAGCAGCCCCUUUCAGCAAACUGCUAACAUCCACGCUGUGAAUGAAGGCCCUAAAGCUGCAUCCAUUGCCAGCGACAGUACAUCAUCUACAUCAACUAAGAGUGUUUCGUCUCGGGCGACGCCGCCAGCUUCCCAGGACCCUCAUUUGAAGAAAAGCGGACAAAGUGGAAGACUCAACUUCCCCGUUGUCAAAGAUCCAAACGACCCUAUGACAAUUAUGCGUUUCAGCCAGGACUGCUCUCCCAAGACAGUUCUGGAAAUUGACAACCAGACUGUCUCUCAGCCUCCCGAGAAGACUACCAGUGGAAGUGAGCCUACUUCGCAAUUACAACCAUCCUCGUCUGGCUUAGAGUCAAACAUUUCAAAUACUCAUGUGUCCGAUCUGGCGCCGAUGAUUUAUGAUGCAUUCAAUAUCUCUGAAGGCGUUAGGGUUUGUUGCUGGCGGUACGCCUGCCCCAAUGCCAGUGAAGUUUCGGCAACACUUGCAGACCAUGGCUAUCCGUCUGUCAUCUACCAGAAAGCAUACUAUAGUGACGAUAAAGAUGUCCCUGAUCGACCACGAGAUUAUGCGGGUCGAGUAUCCCGACUAGAGGGAAGCAGCAUACAUUAUCUGCCUGAUUUUGAUCCUUCCGGACGGUCGCCUGCUAUGCUCGGUGAGCACGCUUCGAUGUCGAGGGACCGAUACCAACAAGAGCAAAUAGAUCAGCAUUUAAGGGUAUCCUCCACUUCCAGAGUAUGGGAGUUUGCUCCCGUACCCCCAAGCCGCGCAGAAGUCUUGGAAUGGUUUGACAAAGAACAAUCCGAGCGUCAAACGCAACCGAAAGCAGCUAAAGAGCCAGAUACCGAGCCACAAUUGAAGCCCAACGUUCUGUCGCAGAUUGAGGGACCUACGCAAAAGAACGAUUACGGUUUUAAGUAUUCUCAGAAAGGGAAAUCUGCGAGCGUCGAGCAUCAGACCCAGUAUAUGAGCUCUAUGAGCCUGGAAGUACAUGUGAACACUCGGGGUGUACUCCUACCGAAUCCGGAGGAGGAUGAAAUAUCCUGCAUCUUCUGGUGUAUACAAUCGGACGACGAGGACAUGGACGUCAACGGCAACCUUCCAGGUGUUCAUGUGGGAGUGAUCGCUCAAGGGAGUGGCGAUGGUCCGACAUCAAAGUUGUCGAAGGCUUUGCGUAUCGAACUGGAACGCGAACCGACAGAACUCGAUUUGAUCAACAGAUUGGUCGAUAUUGUUCGCUAUCAUGAUCCUGACAUUAUCACCGGCUACGAAGUCCAUAACGGCUCCUGGGGAUACCUAAUUGAGAGGGCAAGAAAGAAAUAUGACUUCGACAUAUGCGAUGAGCUAUCCCGAGUGACAUCACAAGCGCAUGGAAGAUUUGGUAAAGAUGCUGACAGAUGGGGCUUUAAUCACACGUCUUCGAUCCGGGUCACCGGUCGACACAUGAUUAACAUAUGGCGAGCUAUGAGGAGUGAGCUGAAUCUGCUACAGUAUACUAUGGAAAAUGUGGUGUUCCAUUUACUGCACCGUCGAAUUCCGCACUAUUCGUAUCGGGACCUCACGGCAUGGUAUCAGAGUGGGAAACCCAGGAAUCUGCUCAAAGUGGUCGAGUAUUUCGUCUCGCGCGUACAAACGAAUCUCGAAAUCCUGGAGUCUAACGAAUUGAUUCCAAGGACCAGCGAGCAGGCACGACUCCUGGGUAUUGACUUUUUUUCGGUCUUCUCGAGAGGCUCACAAUUCAAAGUGGAAUCUCUGAUGUUUCGAAUCGCAAAACCAGAGAAUUACCUACUCGUUUCUCCAAGCAGGAAACAAGUCGGUCAGCAGAAUGCUCUUGAAUGUCUUCCGUUGGUGAUGGAGCCCCAGAGUGACUUCUAUACAAGUCCUCUUCUUGUCUUGGAUUUCCAAUCAUUGUAUCCCAGCAUCAUGAUUGCGUACAACUAUUGCUAUUCCACGUUUCUCGGAAGGGCCCGCCUUUGGAGAGGUCGCAACAAGAUGGGAUUCAUGGACUACAAAAGACAGCCGCGAGUAUUGGAGUUGCUCAAGGACAAGAUAAACAUUGCACCGAAUGGCAUGAUGUACGCAAAGCCGGAAGUACGGCGAUCGCUCCUCGCAAGGAUGCUUGCUGAGAUACUGGAGACUCGGGUCAUGGUCAAGACCGGCAUGAAGAUGGACAAGGACGACAAAGUGUUGCAGCGUCUUCUCAACAACCGACAACUUGCUCUCAAGCUAAUUGCGAACGUCACAUAUGGCUAUACAUCGGCCUCGUUCUCCGGGCGAAUGCCUUGCUCGGAGAUUGCGGAUAGCAUUGUCCAAUCUGGAAGGGAAACGCUGGAGAAGGCGAUUGCGCUCAUUCAUUCUGUGGAAAGGUGGGGCGCCGAGGUGGUCUACGGAGAUACAGACAGUCUUUUUGUGUAUCUCAAAGGACGGACACGCGAUGAAGCUUUCGAUAUCGGGCAGGAGAUCGCCAACGCGGUCACUGACAUCAAUCCGCACCCUAUCAAGCUUAAAUUCGAAAAGGUCUACCAUCCAUGCGUGCUCCUCGCCAAGAAGCGCUACGUUGGCUUCAAAUAUGAGCAUAGGAAUCAGAAAGAACCCGAAUUCGAUGCAAAGGGCAUCGAGACUGUGAGGCGAGAUGGUACCCCAGCGGAACAGAAGAUCGAAGAGAAGGCGCUGAAGCUCCUUUUCAGGACUGCGGACGUGUCUCAGGUAAAACGCUACUUUCAAAAGCAAUGCGCGAAGAUAAUGCAAGGGAGAGUUUCGAUCCAGGAUUUCUGUUUCGCGAAGGAAGUUAGACUCGGUACCUACAGCGAAAGAGGUUUACUCCCUCCCGGCGCCAUGAUCAGCGCCAGAAAAAUGGUCGAAGAUCCCCGCUCAGAACCGCAGUAUGGAGAGCGAGUUCCCUAUGUCGUAGUUACUGGAGCUCCAGGAUCAAGAUUGGUUGACCGCUGCGUCGCCCCUGAAACGCUUCUCCACGACGCCGAGCUAGAGCUUGAUGCCGAAUACUACAUCAACAAGAACAUCAUCCCACCACUGGAGCGGAUCUUCAAUCUUGUGGGGGCAAACGUCCGCCAAUGGUACGAGGAAAUGCCAAAGUUUCAGCGAAUCCGCCGCAUCGAAGGAGUAGCAUCCGCCGCAGGAAAAGAUGCGAGGGGGAAGACCCUGGAAUCGUACAUGAAAUCAUCAUCGUGCAUCGUUUGCAGAUCCAAACUCGAUGACACCGGUAUCCCAGUGUGCUCCGACUGCUUGCAUCAACCGCACAUCUCGCUAUUGUCCCUCGUUUCGCGCCAGCAGCAGGCCGAAAAGAGGGUCUCUGAUCUCCAUCGCAUCUGUCAAUCUUGCAUGGGAGUCCCCUUUGGUGAUGAUGUGACAUGUGAUAGUAAAGACUGUCCUGUCUUUUAUUCACGGACUCGGCACUUGGCGAGUUGGAAACAUACAAAAGCCACAUUGGAGCCUAUCAUCAAACUUUUGGAGAACCAAAGCGAGAGCGCCUUGGAAUGGUAG